AUGGCGGAAAAGACAAAAGUUGCCUUUUUAGGGCCGGUGGCUUCGUAUUCUCACCAGGCAACAAAAUUGGCCUUUCCGGAUGAAAACACGCAUGAGCUCAUUCCCGUGAAGACGAUCCGCGAAGUCUUCGAUACGGUCCAAGCCAGGGGUACAGAAUACGGCGUCGUCCCGUUCGAGAACUCAACCCACGGCCCGGUGUCAAUGACGCUGGAAGCGCUGGCUGAUCGGGGGGAUGAACUGCGGGAUGUGGUUGUUUGCGGGGAGGUGUACCUGGGGGUUCACCACUUUUUGCUUGGGAAGAAAGGGGGGAGGUUGGAGGAUGUGAGGAGGGUGUAUAGUCAUCCGCAGGCGUUUGGGCAGACGGCGAGGUGGAUGAGGAGGUUUUUGCCUGGGGUUGAGAUGGUGGAGGUUAGUAGUACGUCAAAGGCGGCGGAAAUCGUGGCGACGGGGGGGGAUGAGGGGUGGGCGGCUGUGGCGGGGGAGAUGGCGGGACGGGAGUAUGGACUUGGGGUGCUGGGGGAGAGGAUUGAGGAUAGGGGGGAUAACGAGACUCGGUUUUUUGUUGUGGGGAAGAAACAGGAAAGGGGGGAGGGGAGGUGGAAGGGGAAGAAUCUGGUCAGUUUUUGUGUGGGAUCUCAUGAUGAGCCGGGGGCGUUGGCGGAGGUGUUGGGGUGUUUUAGGGAGAGGGGGUUGAACCUGACGAGCAUUAAUAGUGUUCCUGGGUUGAGGGAGGGGAUGAGGCCGUUUGAGUAUUUGUUUUUUGUGGAGUUUGAGGGGACGGGGCAGGUGGAUGAGGGGGAGAGGGUGAAGGGGGUUUUGGAGGAUUUGGAGAGCAAGACGAAGGGGUGGAGGUAUCUGGGGGGGUGGGAGAGUGCGAGGAGGUAG